AUGUUGAACAGGCACGUCCGGCGUGGCGCUCAUCCUCCACCGUCAUGCAAUGAAGUAGUCGCCAGCAUCGACAAGAGCAGCAAGUUCUUCAGUAAGUUUGAUGCGAAGAACGGCUACUUCCAAGUACCGCUCGCCGAUGAGUCGAAGGAUCUGACCACGUUCAUCACCCCGUGGGGCAGAUUCCGCUUCGAGAGAUGUGUCCAAGGCCUCAGCUCAUCUGGAGAUGAGUUCAACCGCCGAGGUGAUGUCGCACUCGCUGGAAUACCCAGGACUUGCAAGGUGACGGACGAUAUCCUGUGUCACGAUGACACGUACGCAUCCCAUCUGAAGCACGUCAUCACUGUUCUGGAGCGGUGCAAGGAGCACAACAUCACUCUGAACCCAACGAAACUUCAGUUCGCUCAGUCAACAGUCGAGUACUGCGGAUUCAACAUCAGCAAAGAUGGAUACACCGUGGACCGGCGCAAACUUCGCGCAAUUUCCGACUUCCCAGUACCACAGAACCUCACCGAUCUUCGCAGCUUCAUGGGGCUCGUCAACCAGCUAGCCUCAUUCUCAACAGACACAGCGAGCGCUGCCAGCCCGCUGCGCGACCUCCUCCGGCCCCAGAACCACUGGUGCUGGACCAGCGUCCACCAACAGGCUUUUGAAGCCGUCAAAGCGACACUUGUGUCACCACCGGUCCUGGCGUUCUUCAAGCCCGGCCUGCCAACAGCCCUUCACACCGACGCCACACGACUGCAUGGCCUGUCGAGCGAUGAGGAAUAUCAAGCACUGGCAGACACGAUCCUCAACGGCUUCCCAGACCAGAAAGCCGACCUGCCAUCCAGUCUUCGAGCCUACUGGCAGGUGAAGGAAGAUCUCUCCGUCAACGACGGCAUCAUCCUGUGUGGCGCACGUCUUCUCGUUCCACGCAGCCUUAGACGAGACGUGCUCAAACGCCUCCACGCCGGACACCAAGGUAUCGAACGGACAAAGCGACGCGCUCGCCAAUCUGUCUACUGGCCCGGUCUCAACCAGCAAGUACACGAGACCGUCACAGCGUGCUCAGCCUGUCGCAAGUACCUGCCCACACAGCAGAAAGAACCGAUGCUGAGUGAUCCAGAGCCGUCUCGCGUCUUCGAAACGAUGUCCGCCGACUUCUUCUCUCAUGCGGGAAAGUCCUGGCUUGUCAUCGCCGACCGACUCUCAGGAUGGCCCAUCGCCGUUUCCAUCGACGGUGAGCCGACAUCCAGGAUCUUGGUCAGCCACUUGAGAGAGGUGUUCGCCGUCUACGGUGUCCCCAAUCAACUCAAGACCGACGGCGGGCCACAGUUCACAGCCCGCCACACCCGCACCUUCCUGGAGCGAUGGGGCGUGACGCACACGAUAUCAUCCCUACAUUACCCGCAGUCCAACGGUCAUGCAGAGGCGGCGGUCAAAGCCGUAAAACGGCUGGUUCAAAAAUGCAGCGUGUCCGGUCGCCUCGACCUCGAAGAGUUCUCGCAGGCCAUGCUUAAAUCAGGAAUACACCCCGGGAGGACGGUCGAUCACCCGCUGAGGUACUCUUCGGACACCCACUGA